GAGAGAGAAAGGAGGCGAGGGAGGGGCGGAGCGAGGCGGCGCGUGUCCUCUGCACGCCGGGUCCAGACUGGGCCUUGCACUGGGCGUUUCUGGGCUCCCUCGCCCGGGUGGCAUUGAGUUCGGCGGUGUCUCCAGCGUCUCUAGCGCCUUCCUCCGUGCCUGUAAAAUCCUGGCUCCUCCCCCACACCCCGAUCACACCUCCUGCUGGCGGCGGCUCGACGCUCUGGGGGCGGAGGUGGGCGUUGAAGUCCAGUAAGCCGCGCCCCGCGCGCCCCUCUGCCGGGCGAGGGGCGGGGGCGAGAAAGUGGCAGCAGCCGCGCCCCACGCACCGCUCCCUCCUUUCCUGGAAGCCUCUGCACCUUCUGCGGCUGGGAGCGCGGCGGGCGGCGCGGGGCGGCUGCAGCGCCGGCAGGUCCCGGAGCUCCCUGCAUCGCUGCGCAAAGUUUCCAGAGGGCGGCCCCGGCGCACGAGGUCCUCGGCGCCGGGUGGCCUGACCAAGCAGUGGGUGAGGGAGGUUCUUUCGGGGCUCACCAGCGACCCGCUCUACAGACGUUUGGUACCAAGCGAACUUUAAAAAAGCUGGUCGGACCAGCCUGGGACGGGAUUCCCACAGUCAGGGACCGGGGAGCGGAAGGGUGUAGCCUGCGAGCGAAGCUGGGACAGCCGAUCGGCCGGCGACCAGCAACUUUCUGGAGAGACUUUGCCGAGAACUGGGCUCUGCCUCUUCUUGCAAAGCGCAGCCUGCGUUGCUGGAGAGCUCGGCGCGCUGUCUUCGUGCAGCGGGUGAAUUGAAUCCCCCGCCCGCCCUGGCGCCUGGUAGCUGGAGUGAGUGUCGCUCCCGGCCGGGCCAGUCCGUCCCAUUUCCUCGGAGGUAACCGCCCUCUGUGCGCCCGGGUUCGAGGGCCGAAGGCUGCGUUUUGGCCGAGAGCCGGUUCUUGGAUGCUGAAGGCUGGGUUCGGGUGCCGGAGAGGCCAUGGGUGUCCUCAAAGUGUGGCUCGGGGUGGCCCUAGCGCUGGCGGAAUUCGCAGUAUUGCCUCAUCGUUCCGAAGGUGCUUGUGUCUAUCAGGGUUCCUUGUUGGCGGAUGCUGCGAUUUGGAAGCCAGAUUCAUGCCAGAACUGCCGUUGCCAUGGCGAUAUUGUUAUCUGCAAACCUGCUGUUUGCAGAAACCCUCAGUGUGCCUUUGAGAAGGGAGAAGUGCUCCAAAUAGCUGCCAACCAGUGCUGCCCUGAGUGUGUAGCAAGGACUCCUGGAUCUUGCCAUCAUGAAAAGAAGAUCCAUGAGCAUGGAACAGAGUGGACCUCUCCGCCCUGUAGUGUGUGCUCUUGUGCUCAUGGGCAAGUCCGAUGCAGCCCGCAGCCGUGCCCGCUGCUGUCGUGUGGACACCAGGAGCUGGAAUUCAUCCCUGAAGGAAGCUGCUGCCCCAUCUGUGUGGGCCCUGGCAAACCCUGUUCCUAUGAAGGCCGGGUGUUUCAGGACGGAGAGGACUGGCGGCUGAGCCAGUGUGCCAAGUGCGUGUGCAGAAACGGGGCUACCCAGUGCUUCACAGCUCAGUGUCAGCCUCUGUUUUGUAACCAGGAUGAAACUGUGGUCCGGGUACCUGGAGAAUGCUGCCCACAGUGCUCGGCACGCUCCUGCUCUGCUGCUGGCCAAACGUACAAGCAUGGUGAGCAGUGGAGCGAGAACGCCUGUACCACGUGUGUGUGUGACCAGGGCCAGAUCAGGUGUCACAAGCAGGCCUGCCCUCCACUGAGAUGCGGAAAGGGUCAGAGCAGGGCCCGGCGUCAGGGGCAGUGCUGUGAGGAGUGUGUGUCUUUUGCUGGGAGCUGUGCACACGAUGGGGUCGUGCGGUACCAGGACGAAAUGUGGACGGCCUCUGCCUGUGAGUUCUGCAUGUGUGGCCAUGGUCAAGUGACCUGCCAGCCUGCAGAGUGUGCCAAAGUGGAGUGUGGCUGGGGCGAAGAAUUAAUUCACUUAGACGGAAAGUGCUGUCCUGAAUGCAUUUCAAGGAAUGGUUAUUGUGUUUAUGAAGAAAAUGGAGAAUUUAUGUCCUCAAAUGCUAGUGAAGUUAAACGUAUUCCAGAGGGACAGAAGUGGGAAGAUGGCCCCUGCAAAGUGUGCGAAUGUCGAGGGUCUCAGAUAACAUGCUACGAGCCUUCUUGCCCACCAUGUCCAGUGGCCACACUAGCCUUGGAGGUGAAGGAACAGUGCUGUCCUGACUGCACUUCAGUUCAUUGCCAUCCAGACUGCUUGACCUGCUCUCGCUCACCAGACCACUGUGACCUCUGCCAGGAUCCCACAAAGUUGCUGCAGAACGGACAGUGUGUGAACAGCUGUGGUCUGGGGUUUUACCAAGCCGGCAGCCUUUGUUUAGCCUGCCAGCCUCAGUGCGCCACGUGUACCAGCGGACUGGAGUGCUCGUCCUGCCGGCCUCCCCUGCUGAUGCAGCACGGCCAGUGUAUGCCCUCCUGCGGGGACGGCUUCUACCAGGAUCGCCACUCCUGUGCAGUCUGCCAUGAGUCCUGUGCGGGCUGCUGGGGCCCGACGGAGAAGCACUGCCGGUCCUGCAGAGACCCCCUGCACGUGCUGCGGGACGGGGGCUGCCAGAGCAGCUGUGGCGAAGGCUCCUACAACAGGCAGGGCACCUGUAGCGCUUGUGACCACACCUGUAAGACUUGUGGCCCCAACAGUCCCAGAUGUCUCACCUGCGCUGAGAAGAUGGUGUUGCACGCUGGGACAUGCAUUUCUGAAUGCCCCCAUGGAUACUACGCAGAUGCCACUGACAGAUGCAGAGGCUGUCACAGCUCAUGUGCCAGCUGUUCCGGGCCCACCGCGUCUCAGUGCACAGCCUGCGCGGCCCCCCAUGCUCUGCGCCAUGGCCGCUGUCUGCCCCGCUGUGGAGAGGGCCUCUACCCCGACCACGGCGUCUGCAAAGCCUGUCACCCUUCCUGCCUGACCUGUGUGGGCCCCGAACACACACACUGUACUGAGUGCAGGAGGCCAGAGGAGGGGCUGCAAGUCGAGCAGCCAUCCAGGGCAGGGAGCCCUUCUGGAGAGUGCCUGUCUCGGUGUAGAACCCACUUCUACUUGGAGAGCUCUGGGCUCUGUGAAGCUUGCCACCUAUCCUGUUUGAAGUGUGCAGGGAAGAGCCCCCAUAACUGCACAGCCUGUGGGCCAACCCACGUGCUGCUGGAUGGGCAGUGCCUCUCCCAGUGCCCAGAUGGCUACUUUAACCAGGAGGGCAGCUGUACAGAAUGUCACCCAACCUGCAGACAGUGUCAUGGGCCCUUGGCAUCCGACUGUGUCUCCUGUCACCCUCACGUCUCCCUCACUGCCGGGAACUGCAGGGCCAGCUGCAGGGAAGAGCAGUUCCUCACCCUCGAGGGAUCCUGUGCUGACUGCCAUCCUCUGUGCCAGCACUGUACAGCUGAUCUCCACCACACUGGGAGCAUCUGCCUGAGGUGCCAGAAUGCCCGCCACCUGCUGCUCAGGGACCACUGCGCUCCUGACUGCCCUCCAGGAUACUAUGCAGAGAGGGGGGCUUGUAAAAAAUGCCACUCCUCCUGCAGAACCUGCCAGGGAAAAGGACCUUUUUCCUGCUCCUCAUGUGACAACAACCUCGUUCUGUCCCACUUUGGCACCUGCAGCACCACCUGCUUCCCUGGGCACUAUCCUGAUGACAGCCGUACUUGCCAGCCUUGUGGCGCUCACUGUAGAAGCUGUGACUCACAGGCCAGCUGUACCUCCUGCCGAGAUCCCAGCAAGGUCCUGCUCUUUGGGGAGUGUCGGUAUGACAGCUGCGCACCGCAGUAUUACCUCGACUUUGACACCAAGACGUGCAAAGAAUGUGACUGGAGCUGCAGUGCGUGCAGCGGGCCUCUGGGCACAGACUGCCUGCAGUGCGUGGGCGGCUACCUCCUGCAGGACGGGGCUUGCGUGGAGCAGUGCUCGCCAGCCUUCUACCGCGAAGUGGACCUCUGCAGACGCUGUGGAAGCCACUGUCUCCAGUGCCAAGGUCCCCAUAAAUGUACCCGCUGUGAAGGGCCAUUUCUCCUCUUGGAAGCCCAGUGUGUCCAGGAAUGUGGGAAAGGGUACUUCACAGAUCACGCAAAACACAAAUGCACAGCUUGCCCUCGGGGGUGCUUGCAGUGCAGCCGCAGGGACCGGUGUCACCUCUGUGACCAGGGGCUCCUUCUGAAAAGCGGCCUCUGUGUUUCCAACUGUGUUCCUGGCUCCUCUGCCCACUCUAAUGAAACGUGUGCUGGCAAAACACACGCCCCCAGUCUUCAUGUGAAUGGUUCCCUGACCCUCCCAAUUGGUUCUGUGAAGCCACUGGACUUUUCCCUCCUGAACGUCCAAGACCAGGGCCGAAGGGUGGAAGAUCUCCUGUUCCACGUUGUGAGCACACCCACCAAUGGCCAGCUAGUGCUCUCGAGAAACGGCAAAGCGGUCCAGCUGGACAAGGCCAGCUAUUUUAGCUGGAAAGAUGUGAAAGAGAAGAAAGUGCGCGUUGUACACAGCAAAGAAAAACUCAGGAAAGGUUACUUUUUCCUGAAAAUUAGCGACCAGCAAUUCUUCUCUGAACCACAGCUGAUCAACAUACAAGCAUUUUCAACACAGGCCCCCUAUGUGCUGAGAAAUGAAGUUCUCCACGUUAGCAGGGGAGAGAUGGGAACCAUCACCAGCCAGCUGCUUGACAUCCGAGAUGAUGACAACCCACAGGAUGUGGUCGUCCAAGUGCUCGAUCCUCCACUUCAUGGCCAGUUGCUCCGGACGCAUCAGUCCCGGGCAGCCCCUGUCUAUGAGUUCCAGCUGGAUGAGCUCUCCAGGGGCCUUCUCCACUAUGCCCAUGAUGGCUCAGAGAGCACAUCCGAUGCUGCAGUCUUGCAGGCCAGUGAUGGACACUCCUUCAAAAAUAUACUGUUCCAUGUGAAGACUGAAUCCAAGGAUGACAGAAGUCUUCGGCUUGUGGCUAAUUCAAUGGUGUGGGUUCCAGAAGGCGGCAUGCUGCAGAUCACCAACAGAAUCUUACAGGCUGAAGCCCCCGGGGCCAGUGCUGAAGAAAUCAUCUAUGAGAUUACACAAGACCACCCCAAGUUUGGGGAGCUGGUCCUUCUGAUGAAUAUGCCUGCAGACAGCCCCACAGACGAAGGGCAGCACCUGCCUGAUGGAAGGACAGCGACCCCCAUCAGCACCUUCACCCAGCAGGACAUCAACGAAGGCAUCGUCUGGUACAGGCACUCGGGAGCUCCGGCCCAGAGCGACGCCUUCCACUUCCAGGUGUCCAGUGCUGCAGAUGUCCAGACCCGCCUGGAGAGCCGUGUAUUCAACAUCGCCAUCCUGCCACAGACGCCUAAAGCACAGAAACUCUCUCUGGAGGCAUCCCUCCACAUGACUGCUCGAGAAGACAGCCUGACUGUCAUUCAACCUCCUUCCCUCCCCUUUGUGAAUUCUGAGAGGCCUAGUGGAAAGAUUAUUUACAACAUCACCCUCCCUCUGCACCCAAGUCAAGGCAUCAUCGAGCACAGAGACCGGCCUCACUCUCCCAUCCGGUAUUUCACGCAGGAGGACGUUAACCAGGGGAAAAUCAUGUACCGCCCUCCCCCAGCUGCCCCCCACCUCCAGGAGCUCAUGGCCUUCUCCUUCACCGGUCUCCCAGAAUCAGUAAAAUUCCACUUCACAGUUUCAGAUGGAGAAUAUACAAGUCCAGAGAGGGCCCUCACCAUUCAUUUGCUUCCCACCGACCAGCAGCUGCCAGUGUUCCAAGUCACAGCUCCACUGGUGGAGGUCAGCCUGGGAGGCAGCGCUUCUGUAGGACUUCAGCUGGUAGCAAGAGAUGCUGAGACAGCACGUGAAGAACUCCUCUUUGAGCUCCGGAGACCACCCCAGCACGGUGCACUCCUUAAGAACACAGCUGGGCUCCAGAGGCCCCUGGCUGCAGGUGACACUUUCACCUAUGAGGACAUCGAGAAGAAUGUCCUGCGGUAUGUUCACGACGGUUCCUCUGCGCGGGAAGACAGCAUGGAGCUCUCCAUCACAGAUGGCAUCACAGUGACGGCGCUGGAAGUGACGGUGCAGGUGUCACUGUCAGAGAGCCCGGGGCCUCAGCUGGCCGCUGGCUGCCCCCUGAGCAUUGUGGUCGCCAGUAAAGGGACAGCCGUGCUCACCAGGUCCCACCUGGCGUACGUGGAUGACUCUUCUCCCGAUGCGGAGAUCUGGAUUCGGUUAAGCUCUCUGCCUAUGUACGGUACUCUCUUAAGAACCUCAGGACCUGAGGUGGAAGAACUCUCAGAGAUUUCAAACUUCACGAUGGAAGACAUAAACAACGAGAAAAUUAGGUACUCAGCUGUGUUUGAAACGUAUGCUCAUCUGGUUACUGAUAACUUCUCUUUCUCUGUCUCUGACACGGACCACAAUCACCUGGACAAUCAGAUGUUCACCAUCCUCAUCACUCCCGUCAGACACCCGCCUGCACUGGUUGCUUUUGCUGACCUUAUCACGGUUGAGGAGGGAGGGCGAGUCCCCAUCUCAUUGCACCAUUUCUUUGCUACUGAUGAUCAGGACAACCUCCAGGGAGAUGAGAUCAUUAAACUAAGCGUCCUGCCCAGAUACGGCUACAUCGAGAACACAGGAACAGGUGAUCGUUUUGGCCCUGAAACUACCAGUGACCUAGAGGCAUCCUUCCCUGUUCAAGAUGUUGUGUUAAGCCUCAUUUAUUACUCUCAGAGUGUUCAUGAAAGCAUCGAGCCAACCCGGGAUAUUUUUAGUUUUUAUGUGAGUGAUGGAACCAAUCGUUCAGAAGUUCACAGCAUCAAUAUCACCAUUGAGAGGAAGAAUGAUGAGCCGCCCAGGCUGAACUUGCAGCCCCUCAGAGUGCAGCUGAACUUGGGAGUGGUGAUAAGCAAUUCUUCCUUGAGCCUACAAGACCUGGACACCCCAGACAAUGAGCUGAUUUUUGUAUUGACAAGAAAGCCUGACCAUGGCGAUCUAAUCCGGAGGCAGAGCGCCUCUGAGCCUCUGAAGAACGGGACGGUUUUAGCCCAGGGCUCCUCCUUCACCUACCAGGAUGUCCUGGCUGGGCUGGUCGGGUACGUGCCUGGUAGCCCAGGUGUGGGAGUGGAUGAGUUCCAGUUCUUUCUCACCGAUGGCCUCCAUGAAGAUUCGGGGAGGAUGGACAUCCACAUAGAACUGCCCGCGGGCGACACCCCCCGCUUGGCUGUGAGCCGAGGCCUGCAGCUCUCCGCAGGCUCUGUAGCACGCAUCACGGAACAGCACUUGAAAGUGACAGAUGCUGACUCCGAAGACGGCCAGGUUAUGUAUCUCCUGAAGGAAGAUCCCGGUGCAGGCCGCCUGCAGGUGGCUAAGCACGACAACCUGCAGCAGGUCUCCGUGAAAGGCCCCGUCCGGAGCUUCACCCAGGCAGACAUCGCCCAAGGGUGGGUAGAAUACAGUCAUAGAACAGGAGAACCUGGUGGGAGUUUUGCUUUUAAAUUUGAUGUGGUUGACGGAGAAGGCAACAGAUUGAUUGACCAAUCCUUCUCCAUCAGUGUUUUAGAAAAUAAAUCCCCACCAGUCAUCAUCACCAAUAAAGGGCUGGUGUUGGAUGAAAACUCAGUGAAGAAGAUCACCACUGUGCAGCUAUCUGCUGCUGACCGGGACAGUACACCUGCAGAGCUGGUCUAUAGAAUCACCAGACAGCCCCAGCUGGGCCACCUGGAGCAUGUGGCAUCACCAGGUGUCCAGAUUAGCUCCUUCACUCAGGCCGACCUGGCUUCACGGAGUGUUCAGUACACACAUUCCAGCAAGGCCGAGCGACACGCAGAUGCCUUCAGCUUCACGCUGUCUGACGGCGUCAGUGAGGUGACGCAGACUUUCCACAUCACUCUCCGCCCCGUGGACGACUCGCUGCCCAUCUUAAGGAGCUCGGGGAUGCGGGUGCAGGAGGGUGUCAGGAAGACCAUCACGGAGUUCGAGCUCCAGGCGGUGGAUGCAGACACGGAGGCUGAAUCUGUCACCUUCACCAUCGUGCAGCCCCCACGCCAUGGCACCAUUGAGUGGACCUCCAAUGGGCAGCAUUUCCACCUCUCCUCCACCUUCACCAUGGAAGAUAUCUACCAGAAGCGGGUCAGCUACAGCCAUGAUGGCAGCAACUCCCUCAAAGACAGGUUCACCUUCACCGUCUCUGAUGGGACAAACCCCUUCUUCAUCACGGAGGAAGGAGGAAAAGAGAUUGUGACGGCAGCACCUCAGCAGUUCCAAUUGGAUAUCCUUCCAGUAGAUGAUGGCACUCCCAGAAUUGUCACCAACCUUGGGCUCCAGUGGCUGGAAUACAUGGGUGGCAAGGCCACCAACUUGAUCACCAAGAAAGAACUGCUGACCGUGGACCCAGACACCGAGGACCCGCAGCUUGUCUAUGAGAUAACAACGGGCCCCAAGCACGGCCACUUGGAGAACAAGCUGCAGCCUGGUGCAGCUGCUGCCACGUUCACCCAGGAGGAUGUGAACUUGGGGCUGAUUCGUUAUGUGUUGCACGAGGAGAAGGCUCAUGAGAUGAUGGACAGUUUUCAGUUUCUGGUGAAAGACAGUAAACCCAAUGUGGUCGGCGACAACGUCUUCCAUAUCCAGUGGUCCCUCAUCAGCUUUAAGCAUACCAGUUACAAUGUCAGUGAGCAGGCGGGCUCUGUCAGCGUCACGGUGCAGAGGGCUGGGAACCUGAACCAGUACGCCAUCGUGCUGUGUCACACGGAGCAGGGCACUGCCAGCUCCGGCUCUGGGCUCAGCUCCCGGCCUGGACAGCAGGACUAUGUGGAAUAUGCCGGCCAGGUGCAGUUUGAUGAACGAGAGGACACCAAGUCCUGCACCAUCGUCAUCAACGACGAUGACGUGUUUGAGGACAUGGAGAGCUUCACCGUGGGGCUCAGCAUGCCAGCAUAUGCCCUGUUAGGGGACUUCACCCAGGCGAAGGUCAUCAUCAAUGACACUGAGGACGAGCCCACACUGGGGUUUGACAGGAACACCUACCGGGUCAACGAGAGCGCCGGCUUUCUGUAUGCACCGAUUGAAAGAAAAGGAGAUUCAAGCAGCAUCGUCUCUGCAAUUUGCUACACGAUUCCUAAGUCAGCCAUGGGAAGUAGCCUCUACGCUCUAGAAUCAGGCUCUGACUUUAAAUCUAGAGGGAUGUCUGCUGAGAGUCGUGUGACAUUGGGGCGUGGUGUCACCAGGGCUACUUGUGACAUCAUGAUCAUUGAUGACAGCGAGUAUGAAGAGGAAGAGGAGUUUGAGAUUGGCCUGGCACACGCUUCUGACAACGCUCGUGUGGGAAGGGCGGCGACCGCCAGGGUGCUCAUUAGUGGCCCCAACGAUGCCUCCACCGUGUCCCUGGGCAACACGGCUUUCACCAUCAGCGAGGAUGCAGGCACGAUGAAGAUUCCAGUUAUCCGCCAUGGCACUGACCUGUCCACUUACACAUCUGUGUGGUGUGCAACACGGCCAUCAGACCCAGCUUCUGCUACUCCUGGAGUUGACUACAUUCCCAGCUCUAGGAAGGUGGAAUUCGGACCUGGUAUCACAGAGCAGUUUUGCACCUUGACUAUCUUGGAUGACACCCAGUAUCCAGUAAUUGAAGGACUAGAGACAUUUGUGGUUUUCCUCAGCUCAGCACAAGGGGCCGAACUGACCAAACCCUUCCAGGCCGUGAUUGCAAUUAAUGACACAUUCCAAGAUGUGCCCAGCAUGCAGUUUACUAGGGACUUGCUCCUGGUGGGGGAGAAGGAGGGAGUCCUGCACAUUCCCAUCAUCCGGAGCGGAGAUCUGAGCUACGAGUCCUCAGUGAGGUGUUACACUCAGAGCCACUCUGCUCAGGUCACCGAGGACUUUGAGGAGAGGCAAAAUGCAGAAUCUUCACGGAUUACCUUUCUGAAAGGGGAAAAGGUAAAGAACUGUACUGUCUAUAUCCGCGAUGACUCCAUGUUCGAGCCAGAGGAACAGUUCCGGGUCUACCUGGGGCAUCCUCUCGGAAACCACUGGAGUGGAGCUAGAAUUGGAAAGAAUGCCAUGGUCACCAUCACCAUAUCCAAUGACGAAGAUGCCCCGACCAUUGAAUUUGAGGAAGCUGCAUACCAAGUUCGGGAACCUGCAGGGGCAGAUGCCAUUGCAAUUCUGAAUGUCAAGGUGAUCCGCAGAGGGGAUCUGAAUAGGACCUCUAAGAUUCGCUGUAGCACGCGGGACGGGUCUGCCCAGUCUGGUGUGGAUUAUUACCCAAAGAGCCGCGUCCUAAAGUUCAGCCCUGGUGUGGAUCAUAUCUAUUUUAAAGUCGAGAUCCUGUCCAACGAAGACCGGGAAUGGCACGAAUCUUUCUCAUUAGUCCUUGGACCAGAUGACCCCGUGGAAGCAGUUCUUGGGGACCUGACCACGGCCACAGUGACGAUUCUAGACCAGGAGGCAGCAGGGAGCCUCAUAUUGCCAGCACCGCCCAUUGUGGUCACACUUGCUGACUAUGACCAUGUGGAAGAGGUCACCAAGGAAGGGGUCAAGAAAUCCCCCUCCCCGGGCUACCCGCUGGUGUGUGUCACCCCCUGUGACCCUCACUUCCCCAGGUAUGCCAUCAUGAGGGAGCGCUGCAGAGAGGCUGGCAUCAACCAGACGUCUGUGCAGUUCAGCUGGGAAGUGGCUGCUCCCACUGAUGGCAAUGGAGCCCGAUCACCCUUCGAAACCAUCACUGACAACACACCAUUCACCAGUGUCAACCACAUGGUCCUGGAUAGCAUUUACUUCAGCCGGAGAUUCCACGUGCGCUGUGUGGCAAAGGCUGUGGACAAGGUGGGCCAUGUGGGGACCCCCUUGAGGAGCAACAUCGUUACCAUCGGAACAGACAGUGCUAUCUGCCACACCCCUGUGGUGGCUGGGACAGCCAGAGGCUUCCAGGCUCAGUCCUUCAUUGCGACCUUGAAAUACCUGGACGUCAAACACAAGGAGCAUCCAAACAGGAUCCAUAUUUCAGUGCAGAUCCCACACCAGGAUGGAAUGCUACCCCUCAUCUCCACCCUCCCACUGCACAACCUGCACUUCCUGCUGUCGGAGUCCAUCUACAGACACCAGCAUGUCUGCUCCAACUUAGUCACCGCCCACGACCUGCGAGGCAUCUCAGAGGCGGGGUUCCUGGAUGACAUGGUCUAUGACAACACUGCCCUGGGGCCUGGCUAUGACCGUCCUUUCCAGUUUGACCCCAGCGUGCGGGAGCCAAAGACCAUCCAGCUUUACAGACACCUGAACCUGAAGAGCUGCGUGUGGACCUUCCACGCGUAUUACGACAUGACCGAGUUGAUCGACGUCUGCGGGGGUUCCGUGACUGCUGACUUCCAGGUGAGAGACUCGGCCCAGUCAUUCCUGACGGUGCACGUGCCUCUGCACGUGUCCUACAUCUACGUGACGGCCCCCAGGGGCUGGGCCUCCCUGGAGCACCACACGGAGAUGGAGUUUUCCUUCUUCUACGAUACUGUCCUCUGGAGAACAGGAAUCCAGACGGACAGUGUGCUCUCUGCGAGGCUUCAGAUAAUAAGAAUCUACAUUCGGGAGGAUGGCCGUCUCGUCAUUGAAUUCAAGACCCAUGCUAAAUUUAGAGGGCAGUUUGUGAUGGAGCACCACACUCUCCCGGACACCAGGUCUUUCAUAUCGACUCCAGACCACCUGGGAGGAAUUGAAUUUGACCUGCAGCUUCUCUGGAGUGCUCAAACCUUUGAUUCCCCAUAUCAACUCUGGAGAGCCACGAGCUCCUAUAACAGGAAAGACUACUCGGGGGAGUACACCAUCUACCUGAUCCCCUGCACUGUGCAGCCCACGCAGCCCUGGGUGGACCCGGGAGAAAAGCCUCUGGCCUGCACCGCGCAUGCCGCGGAAAGGUUCCUGAUCCCCAUCGCGUUCCAGCAGACCAACCGCCCUGUGCCCGUUGUGUACUCGCUGAACACUGAGUUCCAGCUCUGCAAUAACGAGAAGGUAUUCCUGAUGGACCCCAACACGGCGGACAUGGCCUUGGCAGAGAUGGAUUACAAAGGAGCCUUCUCUAAGGGCCAAGUCCUUUAUGGCCGAGUACUUUGGAAUCCAGAGCAAAACCUUAAUUCUGCUUAUAAGCUCCAGCUGGAGAAAGUCUAUCUCUGUACCGGCAAGGACGGCUAUGUGCCUUUCUUUGACCCCACUGGGACAAUCUACAAUGAAGGGCCCCAGUAUGGAUGCAUCCAGCCCAACAGACACCUGAAACACAGAUUCCUGCUGCUGGACCGCAGUCAGCCAGAGGUGACUGAUAAGUACUUCCAUGACGUGCCUUUUGAGGCUCACUUUGCUUCCGAAUUGCCUGAUUUCCACGUGGUCAGCAGCAUGCCAGGUGUGGAUGGAUUCACUCUGAAGGUGGAUGCCCUCUACAAGGUGGAAGCAGGACACCAGUGGUACCUCCAGGUCAUUUACAUCAUUGGCCCUGACACUGUGUCAGGGCCCCGGGUCCAGCGCUCUCUCACGGCCCCUCUGAGGCGCAGCCGAAGGGACCUCGUGGACCCUAGUGGCCGGUUGACCCUUGAUGACUCCCUCGUCUACGACAAUGAAGGAGACCAGGUCAAGAAUGGCACCAAUAUGAAGUCCCUGAAUCUGGAGAUGCAGGAACCAGUGGUGGCCGCGUCUCUGUCCCAGGCAGGGGCGUCGGUCGGCAGUGCCCUGGCCGCUGUCAUGCUUCUGCUUCUGGUGUCCCUGGUGGCCUGUCUCAUCACCAGGAAGUGCCAGAGACGGGGGAAGAACCAGCCCAAGGAGGAGGCGUUGGAGGAGUAUCCUCUGAAUACCCAGGUGAACAUGCCCAAGAGGAGCUCGGACAGGGUGGAGAAGAACGUGAGCAGACACUACUGCACGGUGCGCAACGUCAACCUCCUGAGCCAGGCCGAGGCCGCCUACGCCUUCAAAGGUGCCAAAGUGAAGAAGUUGAAUCUGGAGGUCAGAGUCCACAACAAUUUGCAAGAUGGAACGGAAGUUUAGUGGAGGAGACCUGUGUGUAUUUUUUUCUAAAAUCAUUUUUAUAAAAUAGGGGGAAAUACUGGUAUUUUUAUAAUCCUGCAGAUAAAAAAGGGAAAACUAUAGCUUUGAGUGGCGGACGGCACACAUCACACACAACUCACAACUGAGCUACCUCGACAGGCAAAGAACCUCGGAGACCCCCAGUGUACUGGAGCAGAAUUAUUCCUGUAGAUCCCUUUGAAUAGUCACAGCAGCUGCAAAUGGCUCCUUCCUUAAGGCUGGUCUCAGAAAACAAGUGUUUUAAUACCAGGACAGGAGUUGGCACGUAGGUUAGCUGACGGAGUUUGGAGGACUGGGGAGUGUACCACGCCGAUCUUGGAGAGAGUGACAGGGUACAGAACCCACAGUUUCCUCUCCCACCCCAGCUUUCUCCUACUUGGGCUUCUUCUGAGUUUCUCAACAGCAGAGUGUUAAUUGCUGACACCUAGAUUUCUUUAAAAAUUCCACUAUUCAGCACAACGCACAUGUGUAUUAGUAUUUGUUCACUGUUAACAUCUGACAGCCUAUGCUCUGUGGCCCCUAGGUAUACUUCACUCUCCUAGAGCCCUGUUCACCUGGGGAUUUUAGUGUGCUUUAGACUACAGUAGAGCCCACCUCAGCACACCAUGGGAGAAACCUCAGGCCUCUGCUAGCCAGCUUCUGACAUGGGGGACUCCCUCUUACAAAGCGAGGGACAAACCCAGGGAGAUGUCUUUGUCCUUGACUGGUUUAUGCUGCGCUGAGACCGCUCUCCCUGAUGAAGGAUGCUGUAAUCAGGAUCAGUGCACCUUGGCCUUUUUACUCAUUAUUGCCACAAUGCUUACAAACCCAUCACAUCUGAUACUUAAGACUUUGCCCCAUCUAGUAAUAGGCAAGCCCAUGUGCUUUGCUAGCUGUGGGUUUGUAUUGUGUUAGCAUUUCAGGAAAGUAAGAGAUUCAUUUGAACAAAGCAGAUGAGGAGAAAACCCGGUUGGGAGUCAGGCUAACGCAUGCAUACUGGUCUGGUUCUCCUUGAUGACUGUCGCACAGCAGACAGGGGCGCUAUUCUAGCUGCAGUGUUCCAAGGAUUUCUCACUGGGGGGGUCUUUUCUGGUAGCUCAAGCAAUUAUUUUUACCAUGUCAGCACAUGACAAGGCCAUAAACAUAAUGGCUUUAAAGCAAUUUAGUGUCCAAAUAUCAGCUUCACGAUUUUGUGUAGUGUGCUUCUGGCUUGCUUUUGUUUCUUUUUUGUUUCUGCCUUGUUGACAGAAACAUAAGCAUGCAUGCCAUGUUGUUUUGAAUUGGAGGCAUAGAUCCAUUUUUUAGGAGUAAAAGACAUAUAAGCCCUCACCCAGACUCAUGGCUCACCCUCAUCAUUGAGCAAAGAACAGCAUUCACCUUGGGCAGCAUCUGCAUUAGGAUGACUCAGGCUCUUUCAGAACACUCCAAACUGGUCACACUUUGGUACUAAAAGCUGGAAAGAAUGAACCAUGAAAGGUCACCACCCCCUCUACCAGACUCCAAGCUCCUUGAGAGCAGGAGUUGCGUGAGCCGCCCUUCAUUCUUCAACAGUGCCUUGCAUGUAAUGAGCACUCCGGAAAUGUGUGUUGAGUGAAUGAACAGACGGAGUAAGGGUGAGCGAUGGGGAAUGAAUCUAGCCAGGGGAGAGGAGAGUAUGGUGGCAAAGCACAAGAGCAGGUAGGAGCAAAAAUCAAUCUCCUCUGCUUGGAUUAUGAAAUUACCUUAUUCUUGGCACAAAGAAACACCACUCUACACAGGCAUGAAUCUGGCAGUGGUCCUAAGAAGGCAUGAACAAAAAGUGGUAAUAAUGUAUCAGCAGGAGGUGAGCCUGGGAAGCCGCCUCCAGAACAGGGGAUUUAGAGGAAGGUCUGAUUUAGCACUCAGAGUGAAGUUUUCAGAAGAGGAUGAAUGGAGGUGCAGAGUCCGAAAAUGCUGACUGGCCAGGAGCUACUUAAGACCAGGUUGGACCGUUGAAGGCAGGAUGUCUGUAUCAGCUUCUUGGAUGUCUGUGAAGCACUCCAUAGCUGGAGAGCUGAUCAGUCUGGCACUGAAUCUUUUCCAGAACAACCGAGAGGGUGAAUGCUAAUUCUGUAAGGACACGGAGCUAAUCAGUUGUAGAGCCGUUUUCCAUUCGGCCUGUUAUUUGUAACUGCUCCAAGUGCCAGCACGCGGACACACUGAAGCACCACCUUUCCACCUGCUCCAGGAUUCUUCCGCACACCCUUCCAUCACUCCUAAUAGGACCCAGGCACCGUAAGGGUGCAGACAGAUGGCAGAGUGAAGGUAGAGCAGGAAGUGACGGAGACUAAGCCCCACGUGCGCCUGGCAGCCUCCACGGACGAGGUCUGAGAUGACGAGGCCGACGUCGUAUGAGGACCUUGCAAUAGUGAACAAUGAGUGAAAGGAAAGCCCGUGCAAUAUCCCUGCCUGCCGUUCUUUCUGCCCUCAGCCCACUCCUUGUAGCGUACUGAAUGCCAGUACUUCUCUAACGGUGCACACUUGUGAAUGAAAGGGUUACGGGGUGUGGAGAUGAGAUUUUACCCUUUGAUGUAGAAUUCUUCAUUUCAUUUAUUUUAUAAUUCAUCUAAGGGAUCAGAUCAUUUGAGGACUAAUGUGGAUUUUAUUUCGGACAAAGCUCUGCUUUCCAUUUCUCUGACUUACUAAUGCCUUGCGUGCGUUUUACUCACCUUUUACAUCAUGCCUUCAGGCAAGAAGAAACAAAAAACCCUGAGUGGUUGCUACUUGCUAUCCCAUGAUGGCUGUGAAGGUUAAAAGAAAGAAUGGUCUGCAUCAUUUUUCUGCCUUCCUGCCCCUUUCUUGUUCUCCAGGCCUCACGGAGGACUUCCGCAGAUUUCCACUGUUGAACGGGAAAUAGUACUGGGAUGUGUUUACACGAUCUUAUGAUAUUCAGCCUCAGUCUCUUUUAGGUAUUUGUUAUUCUUGGAUACUACACCUGCUCAGACUGAGUAAAACGUGUGGUGCUGUCAACCUGAUUUCUUGACUCUGAAAUGAUUUUUGUAUUUCUGAUGCAAAUUUGUGUGUUAUGAAUUUCUGAUUUCUCCAAUAGCAUAUGCCACUACAUAAGUUUUAUUAAUAAAUGCCAGUCUGGUUGUUUU